UUUUCUUUAUUUUUUCCUUAUAAUUGAUAAAUUAUACAAGAUACAUAUUAUUGACUCUUAGCCUGCUCUUGGUUAUCGAAUUGUUUUUUCCUCAGACGAAAAAAUAACGGAAAUGCCUUAUCUACGACUUUAAGCAUUGAAGGGGAAUUGUUUAAGUGCUAUAGGGGUCCCUAACAAGUCUAGUCUUAGUGGAAGACGGAGGAGGACAUUGGCUAGAGGGAGCUGCUUCAUUCCUCCAUUCCCCCGCAAGUCGGUCCCCGUCUCUUUCAUACACCGCUCUCCCGCAGUCGCAUUUCUCGCUCAUGAUGGCGGAGGACAGCGAGUCAGCCGCUAGUCAGCAAAGCCUCGAGCUGGAUGACCAAGACACUUGUGGGAUUGACGGAGACAACGAAGACGAGAAUGAACAUUCCAAAGGAAGUCCCUCCGGAGACCUGGGAGCCAAGAAAAAGAAGAAGAAGCAAAAGAGGAAGAAGGAAAAGCCUAGCUCUGGAGGCACCAAAUCUGAUUCCGCAUCUGAUUCUCAGGAAAUAAAAGUUCAUCUGCCUUCAAAAAAUCCAUCAAUUCCAGUGCAAAAACUGCAGGACAUUCAGAGAGCUAUGGAGCUGCUCUCAACAUGCCAGGGUCCAGCCAAGAAUCUGGAUGAGGCAAACAAGAGAAAGUACCAAUUUUGGGACACUCAGCCUGUGCCCAAACUUAAUGAAGUUGUAACAACUCACGGCCCAAUAGAACCAGACAAAGAUAACGUACGACAAGACUCUUAUUCUUUGCCGCAGGGAUUUAUGUGGGACACUCUGGAUCUAAGCAGCCCUGAAGUGCUGAAAGAACUGUAUACACUGCUAAAUGAGAAUUAUGUGGAAGAUGAUGACAACAUGUUCAGGUUUGACUAUUCCUCUGAGUUUUUGCUCUGGGCACUUCGUCCUCCAGGCUGGUUACCUGAGUGGCACUGUGGAGUCCGUGUAACUUCAAAUAGAAAAUUAGUAGGGUUCAUAAGUGCUGUUCCUGCUGCCAUUAGAAUAUAUGGGAAUGAGAAGAAAAUGGUCGAAAUCAACUUCCUUUGUGUGCACAAGAAGCUACGAUCGAAGCGUGUUGCUCCUGUUUUAAUUCGCGAAAUCACCAGGAGAGUAAAUCGUGAGGGUAUUUUUCAGGCUGUAUAUACAGCAGGAGUGGUACUUCCCAAACCAGUCUCUACUUGCAGAUACUGGCAUCGGUCACUGAAUCCUAGAAAGCUAGUGGAGGUUAAAUUUUCCCAUCUUAGUCGAAAUAUGACAUUACAAAGAACACUAAAACUCUACAAGAUACCAGAUGUCCCAAAGACAGCUGGCCUUAGAUCUAUGGAACGAAAAGAUGUCAAAGGAGUACAAGAACUACUAAGAAACUAUUUAAAGCAGUUCCAUUUAGCACCUGUGAUGGAUGAAGAAGAGGUGACCCACUGGUUCCUGCCUAGAGCAAACAUUAUUGAUACCUAUGUAGUUGAGGGUUCAGAUGGCACCUUGACGGACUUCCUGAGUUUCUACACUCUUCCUUCAACAGUUAUGCACCACCCUAUUCAUAAAAGCCUGAGAGCUGCCUAUUCCUUUUAUAAUGUUCACACAAUAACCCCUCUUUUGGAUUUAAUGAAUGAUGCACUAAUCUUAGCUAAAUUGAAAGGAUUUGAUGUUUUCAAUACACUGGAUUUGAUGGAAAAUAAAACGUUUUUAGAAAAGCUCAAGUUUGGCAUAGGAGAUGGAAAUUUGCAGUAUUACUUGUUCAACUGGAGGUGUCCUAGCAUGGAUCCUGAAAAGGUAAAAUAAUUUGCAACACAUUUA